GAGGAGGGGAAGAGGAGGAGGAGGAGGAGGAGGAGGAGAAGGAGGAGCGGUCGCUGCUGGAGCCGAGGAGCCGGAGCCCGGCCCGACCCCGACCCCGACCCCGAUCCGCAGCAGUCCCGGGCCACAUAUCCAUGAGCUCCGAUUUCCAGCAUUAUACUUUCAGAAUGCCUAACAUCGGGUUCCAGAAUCUGCCUCUCAACAUAUACAUUGUGGUUUUUGGCACUGCGAUUUUUGUCUUCAUACUUAGUUUACUCUUCUGUUGCUACUUAAUCAGGCUAAGACAUCAAGCCCACAAAGAAUUUUAUGCCUACAAACAGGUUAUAUUAAAAGAAAAAGUAAAAGAGCUGAAUUUGCAUGAGAUCUGUGCGGUCUGUUUGGAAGAUUUCAAGCCCAAAGAUGAAUUGGGUAUCUGCCCGUGUAAGCACGCCUUCCACAGGAAGUGCCUCAUCAAGUGGCUGGAGGUCCGGAAAGUGUGCCCGCUGUGCAACAUGCCGGUCCUGCAGCUGGCGCAGCUGCACAGUAAGCAGGACCGCGGCCCCCCGCAGGGCCCCCUCCCCGGGGCCGAGAACAUAGUCUAGCCCCGCCCCCAGGACGCACUCGGGCACACGAUAUCGCGAAGAACCCCAGGCGGAGGGCCGCUCGCCCCCCACCCGGCCGCCCCGCACAGAUGCACCAGUGAUCCCCGGCCCUCCCGAAGAGCUGCUCCUUUGGGUCCCGAAGCCACCGGAAGCCUCGGCCGCCCUCCCACGUCCUGGCACGGAGGGCCCGCGGAUGGGGGGGGGGUCACCCCGCGUGCGGCCCCAGCCCCUGUGCCCGCCCAGAGUUUGCCUAGGAUAAGCAAGAGUGGGGGAGGGUAAGUGUGGCAGGAGGGACUGCGGGCUGAGCCUCGGGGGCUGGACCCCGGACCGCCAGGCCGAGCCCCCCCAGAGAGCAAGCGUGAAGCUCCCCGAGCGGAUGAGCCGGCCCGCCCCAGACCCACCGGCGCCCUGAUCCUGGAUCUCCGAAUCCCGUGGUUCCGGUGAAAGUCCGGAGCCGCUGCGGGCCGGAUUGGGCAAGGCCCCACGGCCCUCCGCACUGGAUUGUCACCGGUGGUCGGCAUUAAGGAGCCGGGGAAAGAGCGGGGGUGGUCCGCGCGGCCCGGCCAGGAGUCGGCGGGUUCUCACCGGGACUUCCGGCUGGCCCGAACUGAGUCACCGGACUUGGGGUGGCGAUAGCCGAGACCCAAGGGCUCAAGGGAGCGUCUGGACCGGGGCGGCGCCCUCCCCGAUGACUCAGUAAGCCUCCGGGAACUGGGCCGCCAGCGGAUAUACUAGUGACCGUGCGGUCAGAUUGGACCCCAGCGCCCCUGAAAGUCAGCCCCCCAAAAAGCACCUACCUGCCCGGUCCCAGGCUGGGCCCACAACCGUUCCCUGCCCCGCUUCUCCCCAAACCCCUCCGUUUGACCCCAGUUCUACCCAUCUCUUGUUCUGAUUAGUUUCCAGUUAGCUCUCAGGCGCUGCUCGGAAACCAGCCCCCGGCGGAGCCCCCGCUCCGAAUUUUAAAAAAUAUUUGAACUUGUAAAUAUUGUGUUGGGCAGCCAGGAUUAAGGAGGCCUCGGUUGUGUGUUUAGCUUUGUACUUGGCCCUGGAAACAUGAGCAAAAAGCGUAUUUAUAGAAGCCAGAGAUGGCUCUGUCUCUUGCACUCAGACUUUUGUAGACGUGACCCAAAAGUAGCUGAUCUUUGGGGGUACCAGAAUAUGUUGUAAGUUAGCUCUUAGAAAGAAGCGCACGGCCUCGCCGGCUCUUCCCGCAGCCCAGCCCAGCCCCUUCCCGGGCGAGGCCUUCCCGCCUUUAUCAUGUCCCCCACCCGCGGGAACACGGCAGCCAAGGCUGAACUGGAAGCAAAAGAUUUCAUCCUCGAGUGCUUCCCACGGCGCCCCCCUCCCCCCUCCCCACCACCCACUAGAAAUCAAAAAGGGAUUCCCACGGUUCGGGGGCUAGGAAAGGAAAAGGAUGGGAACUGCUGUUCUGGGGAGCGGCGGACUCCUCCCCACGUCUGAUCUGGGGGGUUCUGCCGGUCCUGUCCCGGUUCUUGAACAAGGGAGUGGAAGGGAAGGCUCUUUUUAUAGUAGAGCUUUAACCUGUUGGGCUCCAUGCUUAUUUUCUGAGCCAUUAAGGAAAGGAUACCAGUUAUAAGCACUCCCGCCUCCCCUCUGACUUAGCGCUUUCCUUGUCUGCAUUUCUGGCAGUCCUUAAAUGCCGGGAAACCAAUAGAUUCCCCUGAACUUGAUGAAACAGGUUUACAGUAAAAUAUUUUUAGUGACCAAUGUUAAAAGAGAAUAUUGGGCUUGUCUCUGGAUCUAUACAGUGUAGUUACAUUGUUUACAGCCUAGAAAUUUCCAGGAACAUGGAACAGCUUUGGAAUAAGUGCCAUUUCUUCCAUAGGGGGCCACGAUCAAAAUAAAAGGCAGAAAUCUGGGGACGGGUGAAGCUUUUAGCUUGUGCUCCCCGUCCCCUCCGACCCCGCUGUCUGAAGGACUACACCCUUGGGUGCUCUUGCUCUGCUGCUUUGAGUAGGGACCUCAGCAAGGGACUGUUUUUUUUUUUAAGGGCAAAACAUUUCAGUCCAAUAUCUCAAAUAUUCUUUCCAGCUGAAAGCCUGUUCAGACGUUGACUGUAUGAUUCCAACUUAGCUCCGCCCAACGAAGGCCAAAGUAGCAAAAUCAAAAUGUCUUCUCAUUCGCAGAUCGGACCGGAGUCCAAAUGGGUACAAAUGUCCCAACAGACUCCACCUGGUGUCCGUACUGUGUGUGUUUACACUGAUUAAGCAGAAAGUCCGAGCCGUCCCCACGAAUCCAUCUUGACAUUUGUCAAUACGCAAAGUGGAUGAUGUUGAGCAAGCGAUUGAUCGGAAGAAAUCUCGGCUCUGCUUCGUCAUCAGCUCCUGUGAUGGAGUUUGAGGACCCCGUGCCAAAAGCCAGUCACUUCUCCCGGUCCCUUAAGCCUCGUGACCCUGACCUAGCGGAGAAAGGAGGUAUAGAGCCCGUAGUCUUUGUGAGGGAGAGACCCUCUGGGCCCAGCCUUGCUCAAUGACCUCAGCCAGGGGCAUUCCCUGCUCCUUCCCGGACCGGUUCUGACAAAUACUAAGCGGACUGUGAUCGUGUGCUCGGGCCAGAACAACACAGAACGUAGGUGUAGGCGCCAGUGCUGAAUCCAAGAACGAGAAAGGAGGAAUGAGGAAAGAAUCCCUUUGAUCCCUGAAAUCAAUCUGAAAGCCCUGGAAGUCACUGGUCGCUCCCCAUCUCUUGGUGAAGAUCCAGGGGGAAGUUUAGGCCUUUGGGGACGUUGGCCUACUUAGCCAUCAGUGAUUUGUGUGUUUCUAACUGAAAUGUGAAGAAAGGAAGCUAAAAAAUUGGACUUUCUCGACCCUUCACCAACCACUCACUCGCCUCCUCCAGCUGCUGACCCGGAAUCUCUUGUACUCACUGGGGCUCAGGGACAGGACACAGGAACGCGGGGCCUUCGAUGCCGGGCCUGGGAGGCAGCUGGGGCCUUCCCCGCUUUCUUAGCUGCAGAAUCUGUAGCAUUUUCCACUUCCUCAGAUGAGACCCCCCCAGGAGGGAUUUAGGGACAGUGAAUAAACGAAAUGAAAGAGUAGCCAGCACCUCCUCCUCUGGCCGGCGUUGUGCUGGGCUCCCUGCCCUCUGAGGGCUUGUGAUCUAAUCAUGGAGCCCACCCCUGGAGAGUUCGGUCCAGAGUAAGAGCCCCCUCGUGUUUCCCUCAUGAGCCCCCCAUGACUAGGAUCUCCCCUGUCAGAUUGUUACCACGACCACGAUGAGACCGCUCCAUGACCUGCAGGGGUGGCCGGGGAUGGUCACUGUGCCGGCGGGCUCCCAGGGCCGCCCUCGCCCCUCGGCCUCCCCCCUCACUGCCCCAGCCCGGCCACGGCUCCCAGAGCUCUCCGGGCUGGCUGACCGUGAGCCAUCUCUCGGAGGGGAGCCCUUCCCGGCCGCGGUCAGUCCAUCCGGAACCACAGAAUCGCUCUUGAACCACAUUCCUUUCCAGCAAGGCAGAUCCUCGGUUACGACAUAAUGGAAUUCCUUGUUUCUAGACAAACGGAACCUUCCACUCCCUCCCUCACCCUGGCCAUAAAAGCUGAGAUUUGACCUUUUAAGUGCCCAAACAACCAGAGAUGGGACAUGGACUCGUCAGGGCCCUCCUGUGGCCCCGGGCCCAAGCCAGCCAAACCAUCCCCCUCCCUGACCGCCCUUGCUUUAGUCAGACCUUUUCCAUCCGUGCUGAGACUCAUUGAAACCUCCCCUUCUCAUCAGCUCCUUAGAGAAGAUGGAGCCCCAGGGGGCUUGGGGAGGAAAGGGUCCCAUGGCUUGUGCCGGGCUGCCCGAGACGGGUGCUCCUUCCCUGAGGAGGGGCCGGGUGGGGAGAGCCGUCUCCUUCUCCAGGCGGUGGGCUGGGAAGGCCCAGGCUCCUAGUGGCGGCUAAACCGCCUGUAAUUAUGGAGAUAGCAUUUGAAAGCAGAUCCUUGACAGCACAUCUGAGGCAUGUCCACUGGGGGCCGCGUGCAAAGUUCCCCUCCCCCCCAGCCCCCACCUUCUUGUCUUUUCUGAGUCCUGGACGGGCUGUCAGCUCUCCGUGGCCUGCCCGUAAUAUUGGGCUGGCCGGGCCCUGGGCCAAAAGCACUUGAAUCCUGAGCCUUGAAGCUGAAACUUGAAAGGAAAGGCUCGGCAGAAGCACUUUUCAGACCUUUUCAGACUUUGUUCUCUCCAUCCCUCUCUCAGACCCACAUCCUGAGUCACUAAACCUUCUUUACCCAAACUGCAAACAAUCGUUGGGGAAAGGAAAGGGUGUUGUGCAAUCUUCCUGCGAUGAACUUUGCCACCGGAUGGCUUUGGGGGAGAAUCAAUCGCUGCUUUUUUUUUUCAUAAAUGAAGCUAAGAAUCUCAAAGAUUGGUGGGCAGGACUCGGACGCUUACUCCCAUUCCAGAGUCUGUAAAAAUAUCUUGAAAACUACGUAUUUUGGAGUUCAGAUUUAGGAUCGAGGUUUGUUACCAGUCGUUCUCAUCAGCAUUAUUUAAGUCUCCCGUCUUCCCGUGUGAGUGGCCAAGAACCCUAAAUCGGACUCUGAUUUCCGCCCCCAUGAGCUGGAACCGAUUUCUCCUAGAACGGAACCCCUCAGACGUCCCUAGGACUUCUUUCUGAUAGGACUGGAGCUGCCCGGGGCCUGACGCCAGCCCUUCUUUUAGCCUUUGGGCCCAUUGGUGCCAUCUGGUUAGCUGGGCACGGGGCUCGGCCUCCUGGUCCGUCCCGCCAGAGGACCGGGAUACUGCUGUUCGGGGGAGCUCUUCCUGUUUAUCAUUUGUUGCCCCUCAGGAUGGCCGGAACGUCGUUCUCCUUUAAAAGAACAAUGAAUCGCAAGGCAAGAUAUCCAGUAUUAACGAAUGGAUAGACAAAGUCUCCGGUGAAAGAAUAAGACAGUUCCCCCACCCCCGGGAAGGGGAGCACGGCCAGCCACUGGAUCGGUGUCUCGGGCACUUCCUCGAGCUGGUCUCCACGUGGCGCUCGCUGCCCCUGGGUGAUUCAAGUCGAUAUCGUGUAACUCCUGCAAAAGUUUAUGAAACUCUGAGCCUCUGGUUUCAUAGACAUAUUUAUAUACUAAGGAUUCUGCAGCAGAAUAUUUUUGAAAACAUUCGCUGUUUUUGUAAGCUCUAUUUUUGUAUAUUUAAUUGCUAUUUUAAAAUUCUAAUGCAUCUUUUGCUAAUCACAUUCUUGUUUUAAAAAAAAUAAUGUUUGCAUGUGAUUGACUUGAAAUGUAAAUAAAAGCAGAUUUUGAAAAUA